AUGGCAAACGUUGUUGUAGCUUACCCUACCAAUCCACCUCAAGGAGUUAAUGCCCUAGACUUCGCCUAUCCUAUUGGUGUGGAAAUGAUUUGGGCCGCUUCUGGAUGGCCCGACAAUCUACAUGCCUUAAAGCCACAACGUAUCGCUUUGAGCAACACUCUAGUAGCCGUCGCUCAAGCAAAUAACUAUGACCGUAUUCAUAUAAGGAGCACAAACCACCCUACUACCAAUUUCAAUGGUGCUGUGGUCCCUUGCCCGCCUCAUGUUACAUUCAUUCCGGCCCACGUCUACCUCAAUGCCGAUUUGUCUCUUACUCAACCAGCGCCGCCUGCAAAUGCUGCUAAUGGAGUCAACGGCCAAAACCCACAAUUAUUCGCUGCGAUGCUUGUAGUUAGAGCGGAUGGGACAGUUGCAGAGGUACAGCUCAAUAAUGCUCCAAGAAUCCCUCCAGCAGCAGGAGUCCCCUGGAUUUAA